UUAAGGAUCAUCAAAGUAUAACUAAUGUCAUAGGUGGUUUAUGCAAGUUAUCUACACACACAAGCAUAUCUUCCAGCUUAAGAAAAGGUUUCUGACAACUCGGCAGAGCAUCAAAUUCUGCCUCCUGUUUGUAGUUUCUGCUCAUGUCUCUUUGGACACUGAAGGCGUAGUUGUUUGUUGAAGAGUUCAUCCUAAAUUAAAGUUAAUUCUAAAUAAAAUUCAUGUUCCAAAAUUCCCUUUUGGCAUAAUGUUAUAAACUUUGGCUAGCAUUUGACAAAUUGAUAGAACCGAACAAGAAAACAUGCACAUAACGUUCAUCCCAGGAGAACUACAAGACCUAUGGGAUGUUUGGGGCCUAGAAAUACUUGUGCUGUUGAGUUUCACAAUCCAAGUGAUUCUGACAGUGUAUGGGAGCCGCAGAAAGGACAUCCCAGGUAUGUGGAUAAGGUUCACUGUUUGGUUAACCUAUUUGCUGUCUGCUUCCCUUGCAAAAAUCAUCAUAGGCAAGCUAACGGUAAUACCUGGAAGCGAUCCAAACGAACGCAACAUCAUACGCGAACUGAAGGCAUUGUUUGCACCAUUACUUCUGGUGCAAAUUGGAAACCCAGAUGCCAUAACUGCAUACUCAAUUGAAGAUAACAGAUUGGGACUGAGGCAGUUGCUCACCCUUGUUCUCCAAGUAGCUGUGGUGAUUUGGAUCAUCAUAAAGAGUUGGACACAUUCAGCACUCUCUUAUCUCUACUUGCCGUUACUCACAUCAGGACUAAUCAAGCAUGGAGAAGUUGUUUGGGCUCUAAAGUCAGCACUUAGUAAAAGUUCAGGCAUAAUUACGAUUCAAGAGAUUGACCAAGAAGCCAACAUGCCUGCUUUAUUCAGAUUCCUUCCUGAGGAUAUUCCCAACAUAGAGUUGAUUUUAAAGGCGUAUUACCGCUUUAUCUCGUUGAAGCCUCAUCGUGAGAACUGGCUCUACCAGCCUCUAUAUGAAUCCCUUCCCCGUAUAUCUAUAGAUGAGUAUGCACCAGAAGACAUCUUCCAGAUCACAGAUGCUGAAUUGAGCUUCAUGUACGAUGUGCUCUACACCAAGGCACCUAUAAUCUACACCAAAGCAGGUUGUAUUCUUCGUGCCCUAAGCUUUUUCAAUUUAGUUCUAACGUUGUGUGGAUUUUCUGUGAUAUUUAGACGAGACUUUUCACGCGAUUGGAAGGCAUGUUUUAUAGUUGGGGUGUUAGGAGGAGCAGUUCUUAUGGAGGCAUACCAGAUUGCACAGUUACCCUUCUCAGAUUGGGCCAUAAUUCAAAUGAUCAAGCACCAAAAUCUUCCACUUAUGAUUCCAUGCCUCAGAAUUCUGGGACCCCGUGCAAGGAAUUGGAAAAGGUGGUCAAACACAUUGCCACAGUUCAACUUGCUGAGCUUUUGCAUCCAUGACAAGCCGUUAACAUGUGGCAAAAUUCUGAAAUUCCGGGGCUUUGACAUGGGGUUGAAAAAGAACAAGUGUAGGACACGCAUAAAGUUUCCCCAAGAAUUGAAAGCUUUGGUGGUGCAAGAAAUGAAAGAUAUCGACGAAGACAGAAGACUAAAGCCCUUCCACCAAAGAGGGGAAUGGUCACUCAGCAGGUAUGGCUCUCUCAACGAUUUCAAAUGGAGUGUUAAACGAGACUUUGACAAGAGCAUUGCAAUAUGGCACAUUGCCACAGAUAUCUGCUACUAUUCAGAUACUCAAACUCAUUGCAAUAAUGCUUCAAGCCCCAAAAUCCAAAUGGCCAAAUUAUUGUCCAAUUACAUGAUGUAUCUCCUAGCCAUGCGUCCUCACAUGCUGUCCACCACCACUGCCAAGAUAGUAUUUCGACACGCUUGUGAUAAACUAAAGGAUUUGGGUGUGAAAGAUGAAAAAGAAGCAUGUAGGAUUUUGAGAAUGGAAAGAGUUCCCCAGUAUUCAAAUUCGGAGAGGAAAUCAGAGACUGUUGUCACAUCAAAAUGGCACAUGUUAAAAGAUGCGCAGAGACUGACUAGGAAUUUGAUGGCAAGGGAGAAUAGAUGGCAGAUCUUGUGUAGUGUGUGGGUGGAGAUGUUGUGUUAUGCUGCAGCUAAUUGUUCUAUAGAUUAUCAUUCUGAACAAAUAAGGAGAGGUGGAGGAUUGGUAACUCAUAUUUGGAUUCUGUUAGCCCACAAGACAGAUAAAUAUCACAUCAGUGACUAGUAAUGCAUGCAGCAGUUGGAUUGGUUUUUAUGAAAUGGGAUCUAU